GUCCUUACACUCGUUAUUACGACUGUAAGCGGCAGGCAACAUGGCAGCCUCCAUAGAGAGCGUUUGUGUAACAUAGCCGGAGUUUGGUACAUUUUCAAAGGAUUUUGAUCUUAUUUUCUUCUGAUAUCAUUCCGGAAAUCAAACAAAAGACCUUCGUCUACUGCCAAAUACAUCGUCCCACAUGUUGACAAAGAAGCUCCCCCCCCUGCAGAGGUUCCUGUCACUGGUUUCCAGACGUGCGAGUCAUGCCGCCCGACAGCAGUAUGAUGUCAUUGUUGUGGGUGGGGGUCACGCAGGGACCGAGGCGGCGGCGGCAGCAGCCCGAGUGGGAGCUGAGACCCUGCUGGUCUCACAGAAAAUACAAACCAUUGGUGCCCUGUCCUGUAACCCCUCUCUGGGUGGAGUGGGGAAGGGUCAGCUGGUGAGGGAGGUGGACGCUCUGGACGGGCUGUGUGGUCGAGCAGGAGACUGGGCUGGGAUCCACUUCUCCAUCCUGAAUCGUAGUAAAGGCCCCGCUGUGUGGGGCCCGAGGGCCCAGCUGGACCGGCAGCGUUACCGCACAUUUAUUCAGUCGGAGCUGCUGUCCACCCCCAGGCUGACGGUGUUGGAGGGCUCAGUGGAGGAGCUGCUGUUAUCAGAAACAAACCCAGAGGAGCCCGGAACACACCGAGUCACAGGGAUACGUUUGGCAAACGAAGGCACACCAAUCUCAGCCAGCUCUGUGAUUCUUACUACUGGAACCUUCUUGUCUGGCUCGCUCUUCGUGGGCCAGAGCGAGUCCCCCGGGGGUCGGAUAGGCGACGCUCCAUCGAGCGCUGGGCUGUCCCACACACUGAGGGAGAGGCUGGGGCUGAGGGUCGGCAGACUGAGGACCGGGACCCCUCCCAGGAUUCUGAAGGAUUCUGUCGACCUCUCCCUGGCUCACCUUCAUCCCCCGGACAGUCACCCCACUCCGUUCAGCUUCCUGAAUACACACACACGCUGCAAGCCUGAGGAACAGCUGCCUUGCUACCUGACCCAUACUACUCCUGGUGUAGAGAGAGUGGUGAAGGAGAGUCUUCAUCUCAACUGUCACAUUCAGCAAGACGCCAAGGGUCCCAGAUACUGCCCCUCCAUCGAGUCGCGAGUGGUUCGCUUCCCAGGCAGACAGCACCAGGUGUGGCUGGAGCCUGAAGGGUUGACCUCUGACCUUUUGUACCCUCAGGGUCUGUCUAUGACCAUGCCCCCCGACAUUCAGCUUCGCCUCAUCAGAGAAAUCCCUCCCCUGCACAGAGCUGAGAUUCACACGCCUGGUUAUGGUGUGCAGUAUGACUUUGUGUGUCCCACUCAGCUGAGCCCCGCCCUGCAAGUGAAAAGCACCCAGGGGCUGUUCCUGGCCGGACAGAUUAACGGAACAACGGGGUACGAGGAAGCCGCCGCACAGGGCCUGUGGGCGGGGGUGAACGCUGCCCGCUCUGCACUCUCCAUGCCUACAGUGGCAUUGUCUCGGACAGAGAGUUAUAUUGGAGUUCUCAUUGAUGAUCUGGUGAGUCGAGGCGUUACAGAGCCGUACCGCAUGUUCACCAGCAGGGCUGAGUAUCGAACCUCUCUGAGGCCGGACAACGCUGACCUCCGCCUCACUCUGAAAGGGUUUGAGGAGGUGGGAUGUGUGUCUCCUUUGCGCUACCAGGAGGCUGUGAGAGUGAGGGACAGUCUGCAGGAGGCUCAGGCAGCUCUGCAGACCCUCAGUAUGUCCAACCCCAAGUGGAGGAAAGCGCUGCCCGACAUGCGUAUGAGUGAAACCAAGAGCACCCUACUGACCGGUAUGGACGUGCUGCAGUACAAAUACGUGACCUUUGAAAUGAUGUCAUCUGCCUUCCCAGAAAGCCUUUCACGUCAUAUGGAAUUUGCCCAAAGGCUCAAGAUUGAAGCUGUGUACAAGCCUCACUGUGACCUCCAGAAGAAAGAGAUUGAGCGGAUUCAGAAGGAGGAGAACAUGUCUCUCCCUCAGGACAUAGACUAUUUAACUGUGCCAGUGUCUAUGUCUCAGGAAGUCAGAGAGGUUUUGGACAGAGUUCGACCCAGCACUUUGGGUGCUGCAACACGUUUAGAAGGUAUGACUCCGGCUGCGAUCGUCCAUCUCUUGAACUACGUCCGCAACGCAGCACAGAGGGAGAGAAGAACCCAAAGACACCAAAAGGAAGAGAGAGAGCGGGAGAUGUGUGCAAAAGAGGCGUCUUAACCUCAGUGAAAUAAUGACUCAGGAAAUGUUUUGUAAAAAUGUAUUUCUGAAAAUGUACAAAAUAAAUUAAUCUUUUUCUUUUUCUU